CUUAUGAUAACAUCCCCCGUGCCCGACGAUAACCCUGGAAAGAGUCCUGGCAAGAGUCCAGCUUCAACUUUUCGCUGUAUCAAUCAUACAACGCAGCCAAAACUGGGUGCUCUCUUCUCAAACAGUUAGGAGCUUAUCUCAAGAGAAAGGGUCGUGGUGCAACAGAAGAGAUCAUUCGUCCCGUUGUGCAUAGUUGUGCGCUGCGCUUAGCCGGAAACCGGCUCUGAUGGCGAGUGAACUUAGUAGGCUUAUUGAGGAUGAGCUGAAGAACAAAGGGUUCUACGAAGGGGGCGGCCAAGCCAAGCAGCCCGCCAGGCCGGCACCUGCUGAAGAGGAGCGGGAAGAUGACGACCACACCGCGCUCAUGGGCGCGCUCCGUGUGGAGGCGCGUGUCAAAGAGCACCAGGCGCAAAAGAAGCUGCUUACAUUGAAGCGCAGCGUCUGCAUCGGCGGCGGCGUGCUGGUGGUGAUUGUGCUGUGGGUGAUCUUGGCCACGAAGAGCCGGUCAGCAAGCAUGUCGGGGUCAGGCGCCCGCGCGGUGAUGAAUCCCCCGCCACCCCUUGACUCGCUCAGCACCCCGUCGCCCAUGUCGGGCGGCAAGAACGCCACCACCUCCUCCCUCAGCAGCCCCUCGCCAAAGCCCAAAGCCAGCGGAACAAAUCAGUCGCCCGCGCCCUCCAACACUCCUUCCUCCUCGCCGUCUCCCGCUGGCAAGCAGGCUAGCGGCACGGGUGGCGUUAAGGGAAGCGGUAGCAAGUCAGGAAGCGGAGACCAAUCCGCAGCGGAGACGCCGGAACAGAAAGCGCAGGAGGAGGCGGACCAGGAGUACGAGAAGGAGGUGGAGGAGUACGAGAAGGAGAUCGAGGAGGAGUAUGAGAAGGAGAUCGAGGCGGAGGAGGCCGAUUAUGAGAAGGAGAAGGAGGCGUACGAUGACGCGGUGCAGAAGUACGAGCAGGAGUACGAGGCGGGCCACGAGGUGGGUGGAGACUACAGCGGAGGCAAGGGCGGCAAGGGCGGAGCUGACGACGAGCCAUUCGAUGACUACGGGGACGAGGAGGUGGGCGGCCGGCGGCGGCAGCGGCUAUCGCGCCGCAUGCUGGAGGCCAGCGAUGCGCGCGUGGUCGUGGCCGCAUGAGCACCGCGCGAUGUUGCUAAGUGUCCUGGUUGGAUUCGAGGCGUUGGGCUCGAUGGCCAGCACUGCCAGAGGUUGGUGUAAGCAGCAUUUGCGUUUCCUCAUGUGUGUGAGUUUGACAUGUGAGGAGUGGGUGUGGCUUUGGCGAGGGCGCACUGGGCAUUCGGUAUUUGGUGCGCUCGUGAGCCGUGUCAGCAGGCACCCGCUCUAAGCAGGCAAGCUGCGCUAUACAAUGCAUCGACGCUUAUUCAUAUACUGCACAAGCACUUCAGUGGUGUCAAGGAGUGCAGGCAAUGCAAAUCCUACGGUCCAACUUGCGUCCCCAGACAUGGGACGCUGCGCUGUGCUGUCGAGUGGCGGGUAUUAUGUACAGUGUGCAUGCAGUGGGGGAAGAUCGGCACGCGCAUUUAAUUUCGUUUACAAGAUGACUGUCGCCAACAGCAGCGCCUUAAAAGCAGCGCCCAUUCCGCAUGCGACUGGCAAGGGGGUCACUUCAUCGACGUCAUAAUGCCUGCAUUCAUGACCCAGGCUGUCGUACAGUGCCGCUUUGUGACUGGCAUGGCAGCCGCUUUUGUCCCUGCCGGCAUAACAGGAGGGUUAGGCAUUGGGCAGAACGGGUUUUGGCGCGGAGAUAUCUUACUGGCUUAUAACCAAGGUUGCACGGGAUGCCGCUACUUCGCGCUAAGGAGGACGCGGCGCAGCUGCUCCCAAUGGUAAGGCAGCCAGUGACCGCCAACAAACAAGGAAGACGGGAGGUCAGCAGAGGGCUUUGAGUUGUUCUAGGUCGUGCACUGUUGCUUGGCACCAUGCAUUUCCGUAUCACUUACCAGUC